AUGGUUAAAGUUGCAGUUUUAGGUGCCGCUGGUGGGAUUGGCCAGCCUUUGUCCUUGUUGGUCAAGUUGAACGCCAAAGUCGACGAAUUGGCCUUGUUUGAUGUCGUCAAUGUGCCAGGUGUUGGCGCCGACUUGGGCCACAUCAACUCUGACUCCAAGACGCAGUCGUACUUGCCCUCGUCCAAAGAAGACAAGACUGCUUUGGCUGCCGCUUUGAAAGGCUCCGACAUUGUCAUUAUCCCCGCUGGUGUUCCAAGAAAACCAGGCAUGACCAGAGACGACUUGUUCAACAUCAAUGCCUCCAUCUGUCAAGGCUUGGCCGAGGGCAUUGCUGAAAACAGCCCAAAAGCGUUUGUCUUGGUGAUUUCCAACCCCGUCAACUCAACUGUGCCCAUUUUUGCGGAAACUUUAAAGAAGAAGGGUGUCUAUGACCCCUCGAGAUUGUUUGGUGUCACUACUUUGGACAUUGUCAGAGCCAACACUUUUAUCUCGCAGUUGUUCCCCCAGGACACCAAGCCCUCGGACUUUAACGUGCGCGUGGUUGGUGGCCACUCUGGCGAAACCAUUGUGCCCUUGUACUCGCUUGGCUCCACCAAAAAGUACUACGGUGAGUUGAACGAGGAGCAAAAGAAGGCCUUGAUCCACAGAGUCCAAUUUGGUGGCGACGAAGUUGUCCAGGCCAAGAAUGGUGCUGGCUCCGCCACCUUGUCCAUGGCUUAUGCCGGUUACAGAUUGGCUGAGCAAAUCUUGAAGGCCGUUAGCGGUGAAACCGGCAUUGUCGAAUGCACCUACUUGAACUUGGACUCCAAGAUUAAAGGUGCUGCCGAGGCCAAGACAUUGGUCAACGGUUUGGACUUUUUCUCCUUGCCGGUUGUCUUGGGCAAGGACGGUAUCGAAGAGGUCAAGUACGAUAUCUUGAACGAGGUUAACGACGAUGAGAAGAAGUUGUUGCAAGUUGCCAUUGACCAAUUGAGCAAAAACAUUGAAAAGGGUGUUGCUUUUGCUACAAAGUAA